AGAAGCGAGCGGCCCGGAAGGACACAGCCUUUCUCCAGAAGGACGGAGCCGUGAAGUCGGGAGCCGUGCUGUCAGAGUUAGCCGCGGAAAGAUGCUCACCAAUAUCUCUAAUGUCCUGAGAGCCUGCGCCCACAGAAAUGGGGCCGCGGUGGUCAUGUCAGCACGCACAUAUGCUGACUUCACAACCCAGGCUAGCUUUGAAAUAAAGAAAUGUGAUGUCCACAAGCUGGACGAUGCCCCGGCCACAGAGGUGGUGCUGACCCGUGAGGAGGGCCUGCAGUACUACCGCAUCAUGCAGACCAUGAGGCGCAUGGAGCUGAAGGCCGAUCAGCUCUACAAGCAGAAGAUCAUUAGAGGGUUUUGCCACUUGUAUGAUGGCCAGGAAGCUUGUGCUGUUGGUAUUGAAGCAGGAAUUAACUUGACAGACCACCUGAUCACUGCCUACCGUGCCCACGGCUACACCUACACCAGGGGCGGGACUGUGAAAGAAAUCAUGGCCGAGCUCACCGGCCGGAGAGGAGGUAUCGCAAAGGGCAAGGGAGGCUCCAUGCACAUGUACACCAAAAACUUCUACGGAGGAAAUGGGAUUGUUGGAGCUCAGGUCCCUCUGGGUGCUGGUGUCGCUCUGGCCUGCAAGUAUCAGGAGAGGAAUGAACUGUGUGUCUGUCUUUAUGGUGACGGUGCAGCCAACCAGGGUCAGAUCUUUGAAACAUACAACAUGGCCGCUCUUUGGAAGUUGCCUGUCAUCUUCAUCUGUGAGAACAACAAGUACGGCAUGGGUACCUCAGUCGAGCGAGCGGCAGCCAGCACGGACUACUUCAAGAGAGGAGACUUCAUCCCUGGUCUCAGGGUGGACGGGAUGGACGUCCUGUGUGUCAGGGAGGCCACCAGGUUUGCAGCUGAUCACUGCCGAUCAGGGAAGGGUCCGAUCCUCAUGGAGCUUCAGACCUACCGUUACCAUGGACACAGUAUGAGUGAUCCAGGUGUCAGCUACCGCACACGUGAGGAAAUCCAGGAGGUCCGCAGUAAGAGCGACCCCAUCUCCAUGCUGAAGGACCGGAUGCUCAGCAACAACAUGGCCAGUGUGGAGGAGCUCAAGGAAAUUGAUGUGGAGGUGAGGAAAGAAAUCGAAGACGCUGCACAGUUUGCCACGACAGACCCUGAACCCCCUCUGGACGACCUGUGCAACCACAUCUUCUCCAACGAGCCCCCCCUGGAGGUGCGCGGCACGAACCCUUGGACCAAGCUGAAGUCUGUUAGCUAAAGUUUGUUCAUCCCUUCUUAGUCGCCCCCACACAGGAGUCUCCAACAGUAAUACAUGUAUGUCACUCUCUUCUGGUUCACAUAUCAUCCCCUCGACCUCGUGCCUCACACCCAGAGCAAACUAUGCUAUUUUUGAACCAUCAGAGUUAUUAAAUACUUUAUAAUUUAUUAUCAUUAUCAUCUUAACAGUAGGGGCCAAAUUCACAAACAUGUUUUCAGAAUGAAAGUAUCAAAGACGGACAAGAAAAUGGUUAACGAAGGAAAAUCCUCGUGUCUUUGAAGAUUUUUGCCAAUUAUAUAGGUCACUCCUCUGCUUUACAUUUUUCCUGAUGGUGUCUGCACACAGCUGAAAUAUCAGGCCUCACUUUACUACCUUGAGAUGAAGCCAAAUGCAGCCAUUUUAAUUGUACUGUAUGUAAAACAACUCCUACAUACGUACUACUAUGAAAGUUUCUGGUGCUAGAUAUUCCAUCACAGCAGAAUGGUUAGGGCAAAGGGAAUCUGCAGACAGUGGUAAAUGGGCCACCACUCCAAAUAACACCAGUAUUCUCCUUUUAAUAGCAUCACAAGUGCAAUUUUUGCUGUUUUUUGUGCCAUGAUUUGUCACAGAGACAUCAGUUUGUGACAAAUCUUGCCACACCACUCCCUCACAACUCUUUACUUGUGCCCUUUUUUUUUUUUUACCUUAGGAUAUUUUUUGCUCACUCACCUCAUGUUGGGACUUUCAUUCAACUUUCUGCCAUUCAAUUCACCAUUCCUGACCGUGGUGGAUUAUUUCAUUAUAUCUGUUAUCCUUUUGAUCUCAGCUUAUCUAGAAAGUACAAAGUCUCAAAACUUUUUUUAAUGGCUAAGAACAAUAUGUCAUAAAUAUACACAGUGGUAAGACUGAAUCCAUAAGGGAUAUAAGGGGACAUCUUGCAUCUUAUGCUGUAUUUCUGUGACCACGUUGUGGCAAAACAUUUCUGCAGUGGCAUAUCCGUUAAAAAAAAAAAACAUGGUUCAAAUUAGCACUUACUGCAUGAAGCAAGCUUACACAUUAGCUUGCCAGUUUUCAUACCAGUUGUUUGAGAAAGUAUGGCAAUGGCUGCAAUGUCUUACAGGUUAGCAGAAAGAGAAAGAAGGUCUUUCCUCAGUAAUAUGACAAGCGUUUAAUGAAAUAAGUCAGCAAACAAUCUCAUUGUCAGUGUACAGUACUGUUCUUACUGAAUUGACAAACACUAUGAGAGCGUUUGUGGUUGUAAACUGUUACAUAGCAGAUGCCAGAGUAUGCAGGGAAAUGCAACUUUGGAAACAGCGGGUGUAUAUGUGUGUACCCUUGCAAUAAAAACAUGGGAAAGUG